GAUCGUGCAUCCUUACUUUGGUUUGCUGUCAAUCUACGUACCUCCCGCUUAGAGUACCCAUCCCCUCGUAAGCCUUCGUUCACUGAGCCAAAGAUUCUCGGAGAGUAUAACGCACCCUGGUCAUUCGCCAAGCCAUCGACACACCUUCUCAUUGUCUUUUCAAUCUAGCCUUUAAUCCUUGUAACACAUUGGUAGCUCCUAGAGUCAAGCGCGAGGCCAUGGCGUGGAUAAACCUGUCGCGGCAUCGCACCAAGUCCAAGAGCUUCAGCGACACCUGGAAAGUCCUUCAGCUGGGGCCCACGCGCCCUCCCGGCAUUACCGCUCCCACUGCACCAAAUCCGCGGGAUACAGACCUCCCCCUUCCCCUUCCCCUUCCAUCCCCCUUUUCCUGUCCGUCCGCCGACCCGCGUUGCCCCUCCGGGAGUUCACAGCGGCCCCGCGAGUUGUUCUCCCCGCUCUCUAUCCCGCCCACCCACCAGCAUCCGGGGAGUCUUCCGCUUGUCUCUCUCGCGAAUUCUCCCGGAGUUGGCUCUUCCAGCCCGGUGCCGUCGGUUCGGCCCGAGCCUGUCGCCCCAGUGUUUUCCUUCGGCCCAUUCCAGCCGUCGCGGUGCCAGAGACGCGCGGACGUCGCUUACCGUGAACCGCUGGCGGAAAACUCGUCCGCUCGGGGAGGCGGGGGGACUUGCGCGGAGGGGGAAAGCGCGAGGGCUCUCGGUUCGGGGUUGCCUGCGUCGCAGCUGCAGCUGGUGCCAGUAGCGAGGGAUAGUAGUACGGCCCUUCCGCCUCCGAUAGAAGCACACUCCGCCUGGCCCUGGACGUGGCAGGAGCGGCUCCGCGCAGCCAAGCGCCAGCGGAUGGAUGCGCGGGCGUGCGGGGAAGCUGCGGAAAUCUACGGGGAAGCUGGCGAGGCUGGCGGAGCGCAGGACUGGGGGAAACUGGAGGCGGAAGCGGAGGGGGAGAGGCGGCGGAAGCAGCGGCUGGGCAUUUUGAGCGGGAUGCGCCAGAUGUUGGAGAGCCCUGGUUUCGCGGCUGCCCGCGGGCAGAAACGGAAAUUCGUAGUCCGCCAAGGAGGCUUCAAGCACCGCCUGCCGAAGAUGCGAGGUGGCUCGAGCGCCAGCAGCAGCGGCGACCAGUCGAGCGAGAAGAGAGGCCUCCAGGAGCGAGAGAAUGGCGCCUCUGGGGAGGCGGAGGACUGUCGCGCCGCGGCUGACUCCGCGGCUGGAGCAACCCGCGCCGCACACGACGCCGCGCAACUAGCCGUUGGAGGUCGCGCGGGUCCGUUCCCCGGGGUGGCCUCGCAGGCGGUGGCGCCGCAUCACGCGGCGCAGCGGGCCUCCAGCGUUGCGACGAUGCGCAUCGGCGGAAGCUCCACGGGGAGAAACGGCGGACGCAGCGCGCGGGGGGGCCGAGGGGGGGAGUAUGAGGUGGAGUCAGCGCAGUGUGCGGAGGAGGGGGGGGGAGAUGGGGAGGCGCGGGGUAACAGGAUUGGAGAGUACCGGAGCUGUUGGCGUGGUUCGGGCUUGGACAAGGAGCAGAAGGGGCAUGGAGAGGGAGCAGGGGUCAACCGGGAGUCAAAUGGCGCACAGACUGCAGCUGAUGGCGCUGAUGGUGCUGAUGGUGCUGCCACCCGCCCCCAGCUGCACCAGCACCACCCCAGUCGCUUGGGAAGACCCCCUGUGUCCUCACUUGCUGCUGCUGCUGCCGCUCCUCCUGCACCCGCAGCCCAGCCCAUUGCGCCGCCUGCAUUCCCCAGCAGGCCCUGCUCCGCGCUCCCCUUUCCGCUCCUCUUUUCCGCCCUCCCCCGCCACUCCCACCCCGCCAACCCCUCUCGACAGCUCCAGGCAUCCCUGCCACCGUACCGCCCCAACCCAGCGCUGGCCGCGCCUCAUCAGGUUCGGCAGAGCAGGGAUCCCGGUGCUGCUGGUGCGGCAGCGCCGGUGGCAGCAGCAGCUGCUGCAGCAGCGCCACAGUCAGGGGGGGUAACAACAACAGCGGCAGCAGUGGCGGUUGCAGCGAGCGUGGAGUUCCCCCUGUGGGUGCGGCAGCUGCAGGAGUGUGCGGGCGGGGUGGCGGCGGGGGCUGCAGCAUCGGAGUGCACGGGGGAGACCCCCGCAUCCGUGCUGGAAACGCCGCAGGGGCAGUCGGAGGUGGAGGGCAGCGGCAGCAGCGCGGAGGAGGACGGCGAGGAGAGCAGCGGGGGGAGCGGGGGGGAGCGGGGGGGAGUGGGGGGGAGCGGGGGGAGCGGGGGGAGCGGGGGGAGCGGGGGGGAGCGGGGGGGAGCGGGGGGGAGCGGGGGGGAGCAGGGGGAGGCAGGGGGAGGGGCCUGAAGUGUAAGGUUGUGAGGGGGUGAAUGUGUAGCUGCAUCUGUAACUUAUUGUGGGGGCCAGCCCAUGCUCUUCACUAUUACUGCAAUGCAAAUUCUUUAUUCAGUGCCAUGGUACUUCUCAGCUGUUGGGUGAUUUCUA